AUGCGUACCUUGUUUAUCGUUCUUGUCUUCUUGGCCAUCACCGGCGCAUUCAAAAUCAGAAUCCACAGCGAAGCUCAAGCUGCUGCUGAGAAGAUCGCCAAAAAAGUCGAAGACGCAAUCGCUACCAAAAAUUCUGCAUUAGUCGCCAAACAAUUCCACCACGACUUCGUUUAUCGCGGAUGCCGCAAUAUACGCAAAUCUCGAGCUCAAGUUCUCAAAGACUUGAGCAAACUUCCAGAAAAUUUCGAAUAUUCGGUGAGAGUCAUUGAUGCUAAAAGAAUUGGAAGCAAGACAUUGAAAUACUCAUUGGAAUGGUCAUUCGGAAAUCACAUAUCGACAUAUGAAUUCGUUGCCAGAAAACAUCAUGGAGAAUAUGUUUUGGAAAGAGCAACAAGAACCGACUGCCAUCUUUACCUUUAA